GACAAGUGACAGCCGUCAAGGUCACUCCGUUGCGGUUAUGUCACUCAAAAUUUGAAUAAAUUCGGGCCGAAACGCCGCGAGAAUGGCGAUUUAGACGCGGGCGCGUGCCUCCGGUGGACAAUUUCGGUGCUCGGUGGUGGUGACAGCCGCGCCAGCCCCCAUGCGAACAUAACCUCAACCAUGCGAUAAAAUGGAAACGAGCGUGGAAGAGGCGGGUCUGGGCACGCGGGAGGCGCUGCGGAAGCUGCAUUUCGAGAUCGAGGCGGUGUUGCAACAGCUGAGGAUCGCGCAGAAAGCCAGGAGGACGAAGUCGUGGAUCCGGGACACGUUUCACCACGCGAGCCAGCACAGCACCAUCAACUGGGUGUCGGCGGGGUUUCUGGUAUGGGUGGUGGUCGCACUGUUCGUUGCAAGUUUGAUCGAUAAUAGUUUUUUCUUGUUGGGGGAGAGUUUGCUCAUUGUUGUUCUUUUGGUGUGUAAUGUGUCGUUGGAGUUGUAUAAUAAUAAGCUGCGGCAUGAGGAGGUCCCGAAUCGGGUUAGAGCGGUUCUGGAGAAAAUUAAAAAAAUUGCUACGACGGUUCAAUGGGAGGGGAAGAACUACCCCAAUUUGUGUUCGCCGUUUUCGCCUUGCAUCACGUUGCAGUGGACUUACAGGGAUAACAAAUUGGUGAAUUUGCCGUGGGCGCUUCUGGUGAAAGACGACGUUAUUUUGGUGCGACCGGGGCAACUGAGUCCUGGUUACUGUGAGGCUAUUGAUAAAAGCUCAGAGUUUCCGCUGCUCCACGCUAAGGAAGUCUACUCCCCGUCGCUUCAAAGUGCCAAUGAAAUUUUCAGUGCCCCUAAAUCCAGAAAACCUCUAGAAAACAAAAAGUACCGCCUGUUGGAGACCCCCUACCUAAACAAUUUACGAAUUUAUCUGGAGCAAGCUCUAGACCGCCCUAUUACUCUUCUGAACCAACAAAGACACCUCGUUAUGAUUAAAAUCAUCGAAAGAUUUCUGCUCCCCAUGACUUUCUUCGGGGUUUUGCUGGUGAAUUUGUUUCGAUAUUUGUUUCCUUUGGGACGGAGCACCUCCUCCGAGAUGUUUCUGGUAGUGCCUGCAGCCACCAUCCUUCCGUUGUUACCGCUCAUUUUUCCAGUCGCUUGGAACUUGUUGAAUUAUUUCGGAUUGGCGCGUUUUCAAAGCAUUUUAGAUAUUUCUCGCCACAUCGAAACGGCAAGCGACAAUCCGCUGGAGGAAGACACCGAGGACACGACGAUCGACCACUCCGAACUGACGUGUCGACGACAAGAGUUGUGGAAGAAUUUCGUUUCAAUCAUAAAAGGAAAACCGGAGCUUUUGGUCCACUCGGCGAAUAUUUUGCACGUCCUGGGCACCGUUACGGCGCUUGGGUGCGUCGACAAAAAGGGAAUCCUCUCCUGGCCUAACCCUACCGCCGAAAAAGUCUUCUUCCUCCAUAAUAACGAAACCGUUUCCCCUUCGUCCAGUCUAGGCAACGUCGGCGACUUGUCAGUGGACGCAGACAGCGCAGGCGGGACUCCGCACCACUACAGUUACGAAAGUCCCAGUACUUCGGUCGCCGAAGUCCUAGAUCUCACCCACAACCACAGCGAGCCUUUCAAGCUACAUUUCGACGACCAGGAGUGGCAGCAGUUUUUGUCUUCUUUGAAGCCCUUAGGGCUCGCGAUUCUACUAAACACGUGUAACGUGGAUACUCAGGAACACUACGCAGCUUUUUGUUCCCACAUCACCUGUGAAGCUAUUUAUAACGAAAAUUUAAUUCCAGUGACUAAUCGAAGAUGCCUUUGUGAACUAGCUAAAGAAAUCGGUUUCGUGGACCAGGCGCAGAAGAUUUUUGCCUUAGAACAGCAGCUUUCGACUUUUAGGCACUUGCAACCCGAAAUGGUACGCCGCGACAACAAAUACGCCCGCUCCCUCCACCUAUCGACGAAGCUCAAAUUCCCCUUCCCCCACAUGUUCGCCGUGAUAGUGAAAGAGCUGAGUAGCGGCUCGGUCCAACUACUUUCCGAAGGCACGGCCGAUAUUAUCCUCGAUUCGUGCGUGGACUACUGGGAUGGUCACGAUCUGUGUCCUCUCACACAUUCCGACCGGAAAAAAAUCCAGGAUUUCUACCAGAGGAGCAGUCUGACGGCCUACUGCACGGCUUUCGCCUACCGGCCUUUGAAUAAAUGCAUCAGCAGUAAGGUCAGUGGGGUGUACUUGGAGCUGCCGAGUGAUAGUAGACACCUCUAUAUGAACUACCGGAGUCCCACUCCGGUUCAUUGGGACUGCAAGAGCGUGCUAGAGCCGAAAAUUAAGACUCCGUUGGGGCAGUUUUAUAGCACUGAUUCGUUGUUGUACAACGACCCGCCUUCUUUGGACGUGUCUGACGCCGAGAGCUGCUUCCAGAUGCAGUGCAAUCAAGUAUUUAUCGGGAUGGUGACCAUGCAGUACCAGGCUCUGACCGACAUGGUCCAGCUGAUCGAGCAGCUGGAACGAGCCUGCAUCCGCUUCGUUCAUUUCAGCAAGGAGAACGAGCUUCGCUCGCGCGUCUUCAGCGAAAAAAUGGGUCUAGAAAGCGGCUGGAACUGCCACAUUUCGCUCCUCAGCGAACGCAACAGACGUGAUAGUGGACAAGCGGAGAGUACUGUUAUUACCAAUCCUAGGAGCGAGAGACAGAGACGGUUGUCGCAAAGUGCUCGCAAGCUAACACCGCAUCACGACGAAAAGUCGUGUUUGCUCUCCGAUAGCAACUUGGAGUCGUCGCGUACGAUGAGUUUCUCAGCCCCUAGUGCUAUCAACAUGGAACACUCUGUGGUCAAAUUCGACACUGAGCAGGAGCGUCUGAAUAAAAACUCGAGCGACCAGAGUGGCGUCUACUCGACGAAAUUAGCGAGUCACGACAGCGUUCAAAUCCACAACGAAAUCAACACGUCGCACGACUGGCAGUCGCUGAGUUGUUUGACGGACAGCACGGAGCAGAGCGCCCCCAUUAACUUCGACAUGAGCAACAGGGCCAAACUCCCGCGCGGCAUCGACAAGAUCCGCCCCCACAUCGAGCUAAUCGACAACGUGCCUCUGCUAGUGUCGCUUUUCACGGAUUGCACCUCCAGCGCCACCCGCGAGAUGCUCAACAUCAUGCAGGACUACCACGAGAUCGUGUGCGUCAUGGGGUCUUCAGCCAACUGCGACAACGCCGGGAUUUUCAUGCAAGCCGACGCCAGCAUCGCCGUAGACCCUCUCUUCCCCCAAGUGUGCCAGAAAAUCCCGGGGUAUAACCAACCGGUUACGGGGGUCUCCCCUGUGGAUUUAUCGCGCGACCUCAACUCCAUCGCGUGCUCGCUCUGUCUCCGCCGCGACGACCCCGUGUCGUUCUACCACCUAGUGAUGGAAGCGCGCCACUUCGUCACCACGCUGUGGAGCUCCACGCAAUUCUGGACCUCGUGCUGCGUGAUCAUAGGGUUGAUGCAGCUGCUGUCGGUCGUGAUGAUGCUGCCGCCGCUCUUCACAGUGGGUCAAGUACUAUGGUUGACCUGCGUCGUGGUACCGUUGUUAAGCGUGUCUCUAAUGGGGCUGCCGGUGGACCCAGAGGUGAUGAAGCGGCCCCAAGGCAAGAACCACGUAGGGGUCAACUGGGAUAUCUGUUUUUUUAUCGUGUGGUGCUACGGGGUUAAGUUUUUGCCCAGCGUGGUGGUCGUUGUGGUGGUUUUCGUGGGGAUUCUGGGGGAGCACUGCGUGGAGUUGUGCGCCGUGCAGAACUGCACGUGCCAGGUUUUCUACCUGGGGGUGGAGUGGCGGGAGGAUGCGUGGACGCUGGCGGCGGCGAGGCUGGUGGUGGUGUUUUUGGUCCUGCUGCAUUUUGUGAUUAUUUCCAUCGGAUUCGUGGAUAGGGAUUAUCUGAUUUAUAAGAGGCCGCCGAUUAGAAAUUAUUUCUGGUUGAUAACGACUUUUAUUUUAGUACUAAUUCAAAGUAUUCAUACAAUAGUAAAUUAUUAUAAUUUAAAAAACAGUACUGACGAGAAUCAAAGGUUUGACAUGCCGGUUUGGGUCAUUAUUUUCGCGGCAGUCUCCCCUUUUUUGGUUUUAAUAAUUAACGAAAUUAUUAAGCAACAGGAAAUAAUGGCGAACAAAAGAUUCCGAAAACGAGCCCGACUGGACUUCGGGACGAAGCUAGGGAUGAACUCGCCGUUUUGAAGACUACAAGCCAAAAUAUAUUUUUAUAUUUUAGGUGUAAACAUUACAUUAAGACACAAUGUGACUUCUACAAUACAAGACUGGACUGUUUUUAAGUCAUUUUAAAUAAAGUGUUGAUUUUGAA